AUGAGGCCGGAUAUAUUACCUCUUUUAAAUUCCAUAACAAUUCUCUUUAAUGUAAAUUUAUUGACAUUAAACGUUGUAUUCUGUUCGGGAAAUCCGGGUGUAAUUAUAGACAUUUGUGUUCCAUCAUUUCCUUCAUUUUUUGUGCCUCUUUUUUCACUUGAUCCAGUUUCGCUUAAUUUUUAUUAAAUUUUUUAUUAUUUUUAUUACUUAUACAGCCAAGCCUGAUCUAAAACAACCAAUAGGCCAUUGUAUGGUACGAUACUGAGGGGAUCCCCCGGCAUGUAACCACUUUAUAUACUAUUUCUAUAAAUAUUUUCUUUGUAAUCUCCAAACCUAGAAGAAUCAAAAUCUUCAUUUUUAACUCUCCAAGGCUCAACAAUUUUUGAAGCAUUUCCGAAUUCAUCAUCUGUAUCAAUUAAAUCAACUAAUAAUAAUGGUUUUUCUCC